AUCCUCCGCCCGUGGUGCACGCUCCCCCGUCUUUGGCUUUUUCUAGGUAUAACCUCUCCCUAACCUUCAGUCUCCAGAAGUCAUCUACGGCUGUCCAUCCAUCCACACUCUGGCUUUGCUACUGUCGCUUCUGCUGCCCUGUACAUUGUUCAUGUCACCCUGCCGUUGUUCCAUUCUCGCAUUCCCUCCAUCCUACUAGUCUCGUCGCUUGUUGCUUCCUGCGGUGUCUAUCGCGUCUGGGGCCUGUCCAUGAACACCCCUGGGGCACACGCACCUUGAUCGUCCUUUUUGUCAAGUUUCUGCCGGUUCGGCUUCUCUGCCCGCCAUGACAAAUGCAAUCGGGUCAGCAUGGCGUUCGUUCUGGCAUACGAUGACCUCUAAUGACCGACACGCUUCCCAUGAUUCCCCUUAUCGAACUGGCCAGCAUGUGCCUCUAAGCCAGAGCCGCCAUGAACCUCUCACGUCUGUCGCUACGAGUGCACUCGAGUCGCGAGCCGAUCUUACUUCCCCUUAUGAAGAGGAAUACCCAACAAACGGAUCGCCCACCGGUCUCGGUUCCCCCACGCGUCCAUACUCUCCUGGCAUGAGAUCUCUCUCCUCCCAGAAGCGGAGAUCGAAUGACCAGGGUGCAGAUGGUGCCGGAGAGAUCCAGAUGCAAAGCUUCCAUGCGGGCGCUCCACCACCCCCUCCAGUCACCCAUUCGUGGAGCAAAAUUGACCGAUGGGCGGAAAAGAACUACGAAGAACUUUGGGACCAGCUUUGUGAAGGCUGCACCCAGAACGAUAUCAAUGAGUUGGAGCAUGAAUUGGACUGCACUCUGCCAUUGGAGGUCCGCGAGUCAUUGUCGAUUCACGACGGUCAAGAGCGUGGCGGUCUACCGACGGGUAUCAUCUUUGGUUGUAUGCUCCUGGACUGUGAAGAGGUUGUCCAAGAAUGGAAGAAUUGGCGGACAGUCAACGAGGAGUUUCUAGGCUCAACCACGCUCAGUCAAGGGCCACCUCCAAAGGCUUUUGGUGGUUCUUCCUCCGCCUCCCCCGCUCAACAAAUGUCCAACCCAUUGUGGCGGCAGGAGCUCCUUGACCGCCAGGAUUCUCAACCUCCACGAGCUAUCCAGAAGGCCUACGCACACCCCGGCUGGAUCCCUCUUGCACGCGACUGGGGUGGAAACUGUAUCGCCGUCGACCUGGCACCGGGACCGGCAGGAAAGUGGGGACAGGUCAUCAUAUUCGGUCGUGACUACGACUGCAAAUACGUAGUUGCUCGCUCCUGGGCUUCUUUCCUCGCAACUGUCGCGGACGAUAUCACUAGUGACAAGGUCUUCGUGGACGAGGAAACCGGUGAGCUCAAGCUGAAGGAAUUCAAAAACCAGAACGUCGAGCCUCCAUAUCUCGAAAUUCUGCGGUGGAGAACGGAUCAGAAAUACGGCAGAAGACCACCGCGCCGCAAGGCUCCCAAUGGACUGGGUGUCAAUACAAACCCGAACAGAGCUAGCAGGGAGUCUCCUUACGGCAGCCCAACUCCCAGUGAGGAACGGGGGAGAUCGCCGCAUCGCCUCUCUGCUCGUGGCCCUAACCACAGCCCUAAGGGUCAGUUCGGCAUUUCAAGUCCUCUCGCUCGUGUGACGGAAGAGGCAGCGAGCCCUAUCUCCACGACUGCUGUGGGAGAGACUAGCCGAGAUGCUGCCACCAAAGACAACGGAGAAGAUCUCAUCCAGGUGACGACCCCGCGCGUCCUUACUGGGGAGGAAGAGCCUGCACCUGAGAAGGCCGCUUCGGAGACGGAGAAAGAGGAACAGGAUACUGCUAAGGAAAAGGCUUCUGAAAAGGACGCCAAGCGGGCUUCUGUCAUUGACGACAUUGAGGGCGAGAUGAAGAACGUGGCCAUAUAAUAGUCCACCAUCCAUGUUCCCCUGGAUUGCAAUU